AUGGAAAUCAUCAAGGAUUUUUUCAGUAAGAAUAUGAAUGUUACAUUGCAAGAAGAAUGGCUAACAGAAGUGAUGAUAUAUCUUCAUUCUCUAGAAUUUAGCGGUGACUCGUUAUUGUCAGCUGUUUAUGAACAGUGGCUUUACACUGACGUCAAAAUAUCCACAAAACCAUUGUUAUCUUUAUCUAUUGACAAUUGCUCGACAUCAACAGUGCUUGGAGGUAGUACUGUUAUACAGAUAAACUCAAUUGUUGAUAUUGGUGCAUCAAUGUAUUCGCAGUACAGGAAUUUGACGAAUAAAUUUGAGGACAACUCUGGUUUCCAAUUGACGGUGGAAGAAAGUGGAACAAAUUCAGAUUUCUUUGUGAUUUUUCUUCAAACAUAA